UCAGUUGUAUUCUCGCCCCAGUCGAGUGUAGACGUUUUUCAUUUAUUUUGUUAUCAAAUACGAAAAAGCCGAUUAAAAAAAGUUGGUUAAACCAAAGAAUAAACCAAAACAAAUAAAUAUUCGGUGCAUUCACUCAUUCAUUAUCUAUCUUCUCUUUUACAAACUAAAUAACUCUCAGGAAUAUGAAUAAAAUUAACGAGACUACCGUCUGUGAUUUGGGAUUUAGCGAUAAGCAAGAAUCUACACAACCAGAGGCUUUGAAAUUGGCAAGUAGAACAAGGAGACGUUCGUCUGCAGCUUCAACAUGUUCGUUUAGUUCAGCCUGUUUCACGGCCAGUUCGGAUGAAGAUGAAACAUCGCCUCGCGACAAGAAACAACGCAACAGCAGUGGUUUUUCUGAUUUUUGUGUCAAGAAUUUAGCAAGUCAACAUGCAUUUGGACGUCGAGAAAUUGAAAUCGCCGAACUGGAGAUGCCCGGCAUUAUGACUUUAAGGAAACGGGCACGUGAAGAUAAACCCUUGAAAAAUGCCAGAAUAGUUGGUUGUACUCAUGUGAAUGCCCAAACAGCUGUUCUCAUCGAAACAUUAAUUGAAUUGGGUGCCUCGGUGCGCUGGACAGCCUGUAAUAUCUUCUCAACUCAGAAUGCAGUUGCUGCAGCUUUGGCUGAGGCUGGCAUUCCAAUUUACGCUUGGCGAGGUGAGACCGAAGAAGAUUUUUGGUGGUGUCUCGACAAAUGUGUAAAUUGUGGUGGCUGGGAGCCAAAUAUGAUUUUGGAUGAUGGUGGCGAUGCUACGCAUUUAUUGUGGAAAAAGUAUCCGGAUCUUUUUAAAGGUAUCAGGGGUAUUGUUGAGGAGAGCGUCACCGGUGUUCAUCGUUUAUAUCACAUGUCAAAAGUGGGAAAACUUACAGUGCCCGCCAUCAAUAUUAACGAUUCAGUGACCAAAAUGAAGUUUGAUAACUACUACAGUGUUAAAGACUCCAUUUUAGACAGUCUCAAACGUUCUACGGACAUAAUGUUCGGCGGCAAACAAGUGGUCGUUUGUGGUUACGGUGAUGUCGGUAAAGGUUGUGCCAAAGGUCUCAAAGCUCAGGGUUGCAUUGUGUAUAUAACUGAAAUUGAUCCUAUUUGUGCUCUUCAGGCGAGCAUGGAUGGUUUCCGCGUAGUAAAACUAAUGGAAGUCAUACGUAACGUGGAUAUUGUCGUUACGGCAACUGGCAACAAAAAUGUGGUGACACGUGAACACAUGGAUCGCAUGAAAAAUGGUUGCAUUGUGUGCAACAUGGGACAUUCCAAUUCAGAAAUAGACAUAAAUAGUUUACAUACACCAGAACUUACAUGGGAACGUGUACGUUCUCAAGUCGAUCAUGUAAUUUGGCCAGAUGGCAGAAUGAUUAUUCUAUUGGCUGAAGGUAGACUAGUGAAUAUGUCAUGUUCAUCUGUACCCUCAUUUGUGGUAUCGAUAACAGCUUCGACACAGGCUUUGGCUCUUAUAGAACUGUACAAUGCUGUUCCUGGACGUUACAAGUCCGAUGUGUAUCUAUUGCCAAAGAAAAUGGAUGAAUAUGUUGCCAGUUUGCAUUUGCCCACAUUCGAUGGCCAUUUGACGGAGUUGACUGAUGAGCAGGCUAAAUAUUUAGGCCUCACUAAGGCUGGUCCAUUUAAACCAAACUAUUAUAGAUACUAAAUUCUAUAUGUUCAUAAAUUUAUUUUUACGUACUUAAUAUUAUUUGUUAUUUUAAAGAUAUUAAACAGUAUUCAUAUUAAAAACAA